AUGAAGGUAAAAAUCAAGUCUCGAGCCGGGGCUUCAGUAAUAAGUUGUACAAGUAACCAAGUAUCGUUGAAUACUUUAGUUCAUGAAAUCAAAACAGCACUUAAGGGUUCGAUAUCCGAUGAUGCGGUUGUUACUCUUAAGAAUGGGUUUCCUCCCAAAGCCAUAGAUAUGUCGAGAUUGGAGGCGCCACUCAGUGAACUAGGCAUUAAAAAUGGAGAUCAAUUAAUAUUGGAAGAUGAAAAUGAAUCUUCUUCAACUGAUAUGCAAGAAUCCAACCCGACACAGGUGUCUAGUGGUUCACAUACUAAAACAAAGUCAGAUCCUAAUAUUCCAUCCAUUUAUAUUGAGUCAUUAGACAAGCACCUAAUUCUUCGGAAUAUACCUGACGAUAAUUCAUGUAUGUUCAACUCAAUCUCGUAUGGCCUCUUUGGAUAUGAUUCGUUCGAUCGCGAUGGCAUUUCACCACCUAGUAAUCUAAGAUCUAUUAUCAGUAGUACGAUUCAGGAUAAUCAGGAUACUUAUAACGAAGUUGUACUCGGUAGAACAGUAGAUAAAUACUGUCAAUGGAUACUAAAGAAAGAUUCGUGGGGCGGUGCUAUCGAGUUAGGCAUAUUGGCUGAAUGGUUCAAAGUCAGAAUCAAUUGUCUUGAUAUUGAACUGGGAAAAUUCAUAAGAUUCGAGAAUGAAGCAAAUAAGCCAGACAAUUUUAUAAUAUUGAUAUAUCUGGGUAUUCACUACGACAUUUUAUCUUUGAAUGUUAAUUUGUCAACUUCAAGUCAGGAUAAGCAAACCGAUACGUGCGUCUGGCCUAUAAAUUCGAAGAUAGAAGAGUUGGUUCUUGAAUAUUCCCUUAAAUUGUGCCACUAUUUACAAACUCAAAAUUAUUCUACGAAUACAACUACUUUCAGAAUAAGGUGCUUAGAUUGUUAUAAGAUAUUGGUAGGGGAAAUGGGAGCUUCAAAACAUGCAAAUGAAACGGGACAUUAUAACUUUGGUGAAGUCAAAUGA